AUGGCUGCGCAGUCGAAAUCGGCCUCCAUCUCACCUUGGGGCAAGGCAGUUGCUGGCGCGUCCGGUGCUGUGCUUGCCAAUGCUUUAGUCUACCCGCUUGACAUCGUCAAGACGCGCCUCCAGGUCCAAGUGAAGUCGCAAUCCGGCGCAGUAGCGACUGAUCCCUCCGAACCCAUCGAACCCCAUUAUUCGUCUACCUGGGAUGCCCUGAGCAAGAUUGUCGCUGACGAUGGCGUCAAGGGCCUUUACGCCGGCAUGAGUGGCUCUCUCCUUGGCGUCGCCUCUACCAAUUUUGCGUACUUUUACUGGUAUUCUGUCGUGCGCGCCCUCUACCUGCGUUCUGCUAAAACUUCGGCACCCCCUUCGACACUCGUCGAGCUGAGUCUCGGAGCGAUCGCCGGCGCUGUAGCCCAGCUUUGCACAAUUCCCGUCGCCGUCAUCACGACGAGGCAGCAAACCCAGCGCAAGACCGAGAGGAAAGGGUUUGUGGAUACCGCACGGGAAGUUAUCGAUGGAGAGGACGGGCUGUUCGGGCUCUGGAGGGGUCUCAAGGCUAGCUUGGUGCUCGUGGUGAAUCCUGCAAUCACUUACGGAGCUUACGAGAGGCUGAAAGAAGUCAUCUUCCCUGGCAAGAAUAAUCUCAAGCCCUGGGAGGCAUUCCUUCUUGGUGCUGCCUCCAAGUCACUCGCAACGAUUGCCACACAGCCUCUCAUUGUAGCAAAGGUAGGUUUGCAGUCUAGGCCGCCACCCGAAAGGAAGGGCAAGCCUUUCGGCAGCUUCAUCGAGGUCAUGAACUUCAUUUUGGAACGAGAGGGUGUGUCUGGUCUCUUCAAGGGCAUGGGACCACAGAUUCUCAAGGGCCUUCUUGUCCAAGGCAUCCUUAUGAUGACAAAGGAGCGCAUGGAGUUGUUAUUUGUCCUCUUCUUCCGCUACCUCAGGACGUUGAGGUCGAAGCGGCUGCAGGCUUUUACGCGGAGUCCCGAAGUUCUUCGCAGCGCAUCUGCCAUCAAACCUCUUUAA